CAGAGGAAAGAUCUGUGAGAGUGUUCAGUGCCCCUCUGCCCCAUGGCUGAAGAUGGAUCGCCCAAAAUUUAUUCUCGACCUCCAAGAGACAACAGUAAAACACCAACGGAAGCAGACAUUUUCUUUGGGGCUGACAACACCAUUCCUAAAUCAGAAACAACUAUUACCUCUGAAGGAGACCACGUUACUUCAGUAAAUGACUGCACACCGGAUGGUGAUUUUUCAACUACAGUCAACAAGCUCACACCUACAAAGGAAAAACUCAAAUUAGAAGAUGAUAUUGAAGGCAGUCUGAAAUCAACAACUCUUCCAGAGAAAGAAAUUACCACUCCGACUGAAACUCCAAACUCCAAACCUAAGGAGUCAAUUACUGAAAAUUUCAUUCCAGUGAAAAUUGGAAAUAGCUCAUCCCCAGUUGGUACUGUUUCUUUAAUAGAUUUUUCCAGUAACAUGGCAAAAGAAGACAUCUUCUUAACCACCAUUGACACAGGAGAAAAAGAAGUCAUACCCAUUGGUGAGUUGUCUGGCACACUAGAGGACAGUGCUGCUGAUGCGGAGGAUGCCUCUGGAUUUCCAGAUGAAAACACUGAAACUGAUGUUACUUCCUCUGCCAACUCAGAUGCUCCGGAUGAUAGAGCUGUUCAGGUCACUGACCCCUUUAGUCCUGAGGCUGAAGUCCCUCCCUCCACUGAAAAGGAGAUCACCACCAUUCCAGACAUAACCAACAUUGCAGAAGAGAAUGUAACUGAGAUCAACUUGAUUGUUUCAGAAGAUAGGCCCAAAACUGUGACUAAACUAAGUGACUCCGAAGAAGAAAAAUUUAUCACUGUUUUUGAACUCACUAACUCAGCUGAAAAAGCCAAAGAUAAUGUGGAAGAUCCUUUAACUGAUGAGGAAUCAACUGAUGGAGCUAAUGAUUGGAUGGAAAAAGAAACUGCAAGUGAGGCAGAGUCCCAUGCUGUUCUGCUCACUGCUGUGGAAUCGAGGUAUGACUUUAUUGUCACUGCCUCAGAAACUGACAACGUCAUGGAGGAAUCACACGUGGACACCACAGAUUUGCCUGAAAAUGAGACAACAGAGUCUGUCACUAAUGUCACAGAGGAGCUUCCUUCAGUGACCUCUAUGGUAGAUACCCUUAAGGACAAGGAGGACUUAUCUACCACCAACUCCGGUCUCUUCAAACUGCUGAAAGAAGAACCAGAUGAUCUCAUGAUGUAAAACCAGUAACAUAAGGGAAGCCACAUAGACAUACACGAGGGGUUAAAAGAUAGUCGUCAUGUCUAAGAAGUUACUCAGCAAGAAAACUUUAAAAGAAAAAAAAAUAUUGUGGGCAUUUA